CCGCCCCGGGGCUGCGCGGCCCUGAGGCACGGCGCGGGGGUCGGGCCCGGUGGCCCGGGCCAGGCCUCUGGUGGCCCCGGUGGCCGCCGCUCGGCCCCCGGCUCUGGGCGGCGGGAGCGGCCGCGAGGCCUCGCCCCGGGGGGUCCCACCCGCGCGGGGAGCACGGGCCGCGUGCCUGGCGUGGGGCUGACGGGGGCAGCGCGGCCGGCGCCGGCGCCUGGGCCCGGCCUGGAAAUAAACCGCGGCUCGGGUUUAACGUCCCGACGAGCCCUUUUGAGAGGCCUCGCCAGGAGCAGGGGAGGGCAGGGAGCGGGCUCCGGGGGGUGGGCGGCCGGGGCCGGCGGCAGCGGGGUGGGCCCUCCUGUGCCUCUAAGGCAGGCCGGUCCUGCCUGACCUUAAAUAUUAAUCUCUUAAUAAAGACACAAGCGAUAACUGUCCUUAAUCUUGAAACAUCCCUAUCAAGCGCUUCAACUGUCACAUAACCUCAGCUGGGCUCUGCAAAUCGCCAGCCUGUCUCAUCUCCAGAGCGAGGGGAAACAACUCUGCGUUUCGCUCGUGCCCGCUUGAGCGCCGGCCGCCGCAGCGCUGCCCGUCCGAAGGGAGCCGCAGAAACGCAGCGUGGGUCCCCAGCGUCUCGCCAGAAGCCGGCCCGCGCGCGGACGCGCUUCGCGGAGCGGGAUCGGUUACGUCGCCGCGCGCGAUGGCGGCGACGAACACGCGCGACGACGGCGGCGCCUUCUCAGGCUUGGCUCGCCGCGGUGUGCGCGGACCUGACCCCAGCACCCGCAGCUCCGGCGCUCGCUCGGCGGCCCCGUCCUCUCGAGUUGAUCCGGCGUAGGUUUUGUUUGCGCGCGUGAGCUGUCACCAAAGGUGUGAGGGUAGAAACGUCCCCCUUUCUUGACGCGGGCUGCAGCCUCCGGACCAAGGCCGAGAGCUCCCAGGUCCGCAGAGAGAGCGCGUAGGCAAAUGGGAUUUCCAAAAUUCGGUCUUGUUUCUUUGACAUCUUGGUUAAAACGGGUUUUAAACACGCCUGGAGGAUCUCCUGGCUCUCACGGCAGGUUGGAGACGCGCCAAGGGGUGCCCAAGCCGUUGCUCUCCAAGCGUUCCCGGGACGCAGGCUGGAGUAGGCUUCCCAACCGGAGCCCCGUACCCCAGCCGGGAGCUGAUCGCCGGGCGUGCGGAGGGAGGAAAGGCCUCUGUGGCGAGCGCCUGCUGCCACCGGGCGGCAAUCGCUCUCCACUGCGUUUCUGCAGACCUUGCUGAAUUCCUAUUUUCCUUUACACGAUGAUUUACUCAGCGUCUGUUUUGUUCGUAGUCGCAUUGGGGGUUUUAGCACGGUUUUCAGAGCGAGCAAAAAGGAAUUAAUAGCUGAAAGUGAAGGGAAACCCAGAACUCGUCUUUAGUGUUAAUUAAGACUGCAUCAUUUUCUACUGAAAUAUUUUUAACCCGAUUCUGCCUUUUUUCGUGCGUGCAGGUGCUCCUUCACGCAGCACUUUUCGGGGUAGCGACAUUCCCGCGCUGAGGCCGUGUUCUCUACCAGAACGGUGGUUGUGGGCCGCAGCUUUUUGUAGGCUUCGCUGCUUUCCGCUGCAAGGUUUCCAAAACUGGAGGGAGAAUUCCCCUGGCAUCAGUGACCCACUGAGGCAGCCUUCAAGCUCAGAAUGGAGCUGGCGAGCAGGCAGGAUCCCCACCUCCGAGAGGUCGUGCGGUUUGCAGUGUGCUGCAGAGCCCUGACACUUCUGCUGCAGGCUCUGUUUAACCUCCUGAUCCCAGAUCACGCUGCGGACGCCUUCUGUCCCCCUCGCCUCUCUGAGCCUGGCCUGUGGGACCUGCUCCUGGAGCAGCUGCUGGGAGGCCUCUCGCACUGGGACGCAGAGCACUUCCUCUUCAUCGCCGAGCGUGGUUACCUGUACGAGCACAACUGCGCCUUCUUCCCGCUGUACCCCCUGAGCGUGCGUGCUGUGGCCGAGGGCGCUCUGUGGCCCUUGCAGCGGCUGCUGCGUUUGCGGAGCUGCCUCCUGCUAUCCGCCGUACUUCUUAAUUCUCUCUUUUCUGUCCUGGCAGCCGCUGCCCUGUAUAAGCUGGGCUGCGUCGUGCUGCAGUGUCGCAGGGUGGCUUUCCUUGCUGCCGUUCUCUUCUCUAUCAGCCCUGCCAAUGUAUUUAUGGCAGCUGCUUACUCAGAGAGCAUGUUUGCCUUCCUGGCAUUCAGUGCCAUGUGGCAACUGGAGAAGGGGCAGAGCUGGCUCAGUGGACUGCUCUUCUCCCUUGCUUCUGGGGUGCGUGCCAACGGGCUUAUUAAUGCUGGCUUCUUUCUCUACUCCCGCAGUAAAUGCUUUGCCCUCCAGCUCCAGGUGGGUUUGGGAUCAGGAAGGAAGCUCCCUCUGUUGUGGAAGCAAGUCCUUAGCUUGGCAUCUUCAGCAGUUCUGAUGUGUGCUGGGAUUUUUCUACCUUUUGCUUUAUUUCAGUAUUAUGCCUACGUGAAGUUCUGUGGCCCUGGCACCGGCCUGGAGCAGGCUGUUCCCAAGCCGCUGCUGCAGCUGGCUCUGGACAAGGGCUAUCGUCUGGCGGCCAUGAACGGGGUUAAACCCCCUUGGUGCUCCCAGCAGUUCCCUGUGAUCUAUUCCUAUAUUCAAGACGCUUACUGGAAUGUGGGCUUUCUAAGGUAUUUUGAGCUCAGGCAGAUACCAAAUUUCUUGCUUGCUUUGCCUGUCACGCUUCUGGGCUCAUGGGCUGCCUGGACCUACAUCAUUGCAAACCCCUGGCACUGCAUAACUCUUGGUCUAGAGAGAAGAAAGAGUGAAGACGAGGGUAAACCAAGAGCUGGAUUUUGCUGCCCCGCUGUCUUCGUGUAUGUGGUCCAUGCCACAGUCCUUCUGGCGUUUGGAUUCUUCUGCGUGCAUGUGCAGGUGCUGACCCGGUUCCUUGGCUCCUCCUCUCCCAUCCUGUACUGGUUCUCUGCUCACCUGCUUCAGGAAUACGAACCUUUGCUCUGGAGCGAAGGGACUGAUAAUCGAACCGUGGCACCUCGCACUGAGAAGUCAAUUCUCAGUAAAUCUCCCGGUUCCUGUGGGAAGAGGACUCCUGGAAACCCUGUUGUGAGGCUGCUGCUGAACUGUAGAUUAAUUACCCCCCUCAGCAAAUGCAUUCUUGGAUUUUUCCUGUCCUACUGGCUGCUGGGGCUGAUUCUGCACUGCAACUUCUUGCCGUGGACAUAGCGGGGGUGUGUAUUGGUACAGGCGGGUCGUGGGGCAGGAGCGUGGGUCGGAAUUGAAACUCACUGUUUCUAUAAAACCUGAUAUGCAUGUAA